AUGUCAAGAACAUAACCUCAUUUUUUUCCUCCAUAAUAUAGACAUAACCCACUUCUUUUAAAAGAUGAUGUAGGAAAAGCUAAACCUUCAGCCUAUGAUUUACCUCCUAUCGAGUUUACAUAUGGAUGUCCAUUAAAAAGAGAUGAAGAAGGUGCAAAAGAAGUUAGUAUGUCAUGGAAAUUCCAUAGAGAAACAAGAGAUAAAAUACCUGAUCGUGAUUUUGCAAAACUAAAUAAAAUGUCACUAACUUAAGGAUUCCAUAAAGCUCGUGAUCUUUCAUAAUAUAGAAAAUAAGUAGAUGCCAGAAAAAAAUUAGAAAAAGGACAUAAUGCUCUUCCUUUAUAUAUACCUGAAGAAGAAUUUCGUUAUGGAAUGCCUAAUAGAUCUUCUACUCCUAUGAAAUUAGUAAUAGGAAAUUGCUAUGGUUUAGAAUACUAAUAAAGAUUAGAAUAAGAAUAUGUUUUAAGAAAUUAAUAAAGUUACAUUAAAUGUAAAUAGUAUCCUAAAGGAAAUAAGGCAAAAAAUGUUUCAGAUGAAAAUUAAAAUUUAAAUAAUGCUCUACCUGAUUAAGCAGUUGAAUGA